CAGCCUACGCCGCGCUCUCCGGAGAGCGGGAACGGCUGCUUGGGAUCCUCAACAGACUCGCCAACCAGCACAACGUCGCACAGCAGGACGAGAAGCAGCUGCUGAACGACCUCGAGGCCAAGAGCCGCCGACGUGCAUGGAGCAACCGAGCUUUCGUAGGCGGCGCUACUGUGCGCCUUUGCGGACUUGCGAUGCCUGAGCGGCACAGCCCACUUGUGACCGCGAAGCCAAUCACUCCGGGCGACCUUGAGGCUGAGGCGAAGGCUUAUGCAUGUGCGCAGCUUGAGGGCGUCGGGGGUGUGAAGAAGAAGAGAGGAAGUUUGGUCGCCACAACAGCAGAAAGCAAUAUUAUGCGGUUGUUUCCCGUCUGUGAGGAAGACGAAGAUGGCAGUGAUGAGGAAGGAGACCAGAGCUUUCUCGUCACCAGUCCGCUCUCGGACAGCUCGUUCGCUAUCGGCGCGUUCCCCACCAGUCCGACCAUUGCCAGCUCGUUCGCCGCCAGCGGCGCUGCCGCGCGGGAAGAGGAAGAAGAAGAACCGGCUGGAGAAGAUGGUCCUCUUCGGCCUCUGGAUCCUCCAGCCUCACCCGGAAGCGGACCGUCCGACGACGAGAUGCUGACGUUGAGCGACGCUGAAGACGAUCUCCUGGGAUUCGCGCCCCUCAUGCGCCAUUCGAGCCGGCACACCUCGGUGCCCGUGCGUCCGCGGCCACGGACGCGGUGCAUGAGUAUGAGCUCUGUCGCCGCGUCAAGCGGCGAACCGCUUCUGUCUGUACCCGUAGGCGCGUUGCACGCCGGCUUCCCCACGCUCGCACGCGCAUCGCUACUGCCCGUGCCGGGCGUGCCGUACAUGAUGCACGAGAGCAGUGCGUCGACCGCGGAUCUGCUGCGCGCCGCUGUAGACGCGGACACGGAGAAGAUGGAGUUCGGAGUGCUGGAGCCGCAGACAAAGGUCGAGCUGUUUGACGUGUACUCGGGCGACGAGGAGGACGAAGAAGACGAUCGCUGCACGGACGGCAAGGAGAACGAGGACGCGUUCGUGCUUGGCGUGGACGUCGCGGGCCGGGCGGAGCUCUCGGCGUUUUGUGCGGCGCACCAACAACCUACGAGCGCAGACGGCAUACGGGUGCUUGCAGCGCAUCUUUAACAUGAGCGACACGCUUUUUUCAAGUUUCCUUGGGAUUUCUGGCUCGGACUAUCAUCAACACGAUUCAGGAGAAACAGGCUGGUUUAUGCAACGAAAGAAACACAAGACUCAGACAUUCCCAGUGCAACAAUUACUCAUCGCACAUGCAUCUCUUCAAGUGCCAUCCGGAUCUCAUUCUCGUCCUUUUUUCCUAUUACGAUAUUCUCAUUUACUUGAGCCUAGGAACGACCGUCUGUGCGAUCUCUUCUUCUGCUCGCAUUUCUGCACAUAUACGGCUCUCGAUGACACUCCAUCUACGAUCUCUUUUUUCACGGACAUUCUGACCUGUCGAUGACGCACCACGCCCACCUCCGUCUAAUUUCACGAUGACUUCACGCGUCUCUGGCGCACAGUCGGUCUUUGUUUUACCACGCGCAAAUCCUGCCAUGAUCUACGUUAAUCUUCGUGUAUAUACGAAUACUUGCUCUCGUCCUUCUCUGUUCCCUGCACCGUACGGCCCAGAGCACGACAAGUUCCUGACAAUAGUAGUAAUAGUGUACCUGUGCAUGCACAAAAUUAGAUCUUUUACUGGCUAA